GCGUGCUCCCCUCUCUGCUGGUCCUGCACGCCAAGCGCACGAACGGAUGAGGUGAGCUUGUGCUACCUACUUAAGUAACACUUUUCCCCCCCUAAGUUAAAAAAGUGCCCAUGAUCAAGAGGUAGUAGUUCAUGAAGAAGGUAGAAGAUUUAAGAAAAACAGACACAAUCGGAGCUCGGAUUCGAUGCAACUGCGGGUACCCAGAGAGUGUUUGAUGUUCAAGAAGCGGAACCAACAAGAACAACGACAACAAUAACAGAUGACCUAGCAAAUGGGCUUCAAGCAUCGGAAUGUCAUCAUACCAUGGGAGAGCGUGUCUUGGUUCGGACGCGCGUAAAAAUGGUCCGACGUGGAAUGAUACACAAACACUGUGAACUUUUUUAAGUACUGGAACUACCUCUGGGCUAUGCAUCAACUUGCUUGUAGCGCUUUCGGCGGCUCUAAGGGAUUUAACUCGGAUCCGAGUCAUCAUGUCAAAAGUCAUCCAAAAGAAGAACCACUGGAUCACCAAAUUGAACGAGUGCGUAAUGGUACGGGACGCGUUCGGCGAGCUGAACGUGGAGCUGCGAGGUGGAGCUGAAUAUGGACAGUUUGCUUACAUAGGACAUGUCCGAGAAGAUGCCGUCCUUUACCAAGGCGGUAAACUCAACGAGGGGGAGCUCAUACUUGAGGUCGAGGGGGUGCCUGUGUCCGGAUUACCUCUCUAUGACAUUUUAACCGUGAUCGCGUGCACGAAAGGUUCCAUCACUUUGAGGACCGUGCGUCAAGGUAACAAGCUCAACAAAGAUCUGAAGCACUACCUGAGUCUGAGGUUUCAAAAGGCUUCCCCCGACCACGAGCUGCAGAAGAUCAUCCGGGCCAAUCUGUAUCGCCAUGCUGUGCCUUGUACCACACGCACCCCGCGAGACGGAGAGGUGCCAGGGGUGGAUUACAACUUUCUGUCGGUGGAAGAAUUUCUAGAACUUGAAGAGAGGGGCACACUGCUUGAAAUUGGAACGUAUGAGGGUAACUAUUAUGGGACCCCCAAGCCGCCUAAGCAGCCCGUCAUUGGGACAGUGAUUGUCGGAGAUGCAGGCUCCCAGCAGUCUACCCCGAAGCGCACUAAAUCCUACAAUGAAAUGCAAAGCGUCCGAGUAGUGCCUGCUGACGAUGACGAUGACGACCGGGCCUUGGAAAUGAACAACACUUUCACAGGAUCCUUAGUGCGUAGUCUCUUCCCCUCUCCUUUAUUGUGCACAGGUAACUCUAGCGACCAGGAUGAGAGCCGCGGCGGCAUCCUCCGGCCCUACCCCGCACGUGACAACGCUCCUUCCUGCGGUCUGAACAAUGCGGCCAUCUCCACAGCAGACAGCGGGCAGCAGACCCUGGCGGAGCCGCAGGUCUCUCCGGAAGAUGCACUGGGGCCGCUCCCAGACAACUGGGAGAUGGCAUACACUGAGAGCGGAGAACUUUACUUCAUAGACCAUAACACAAAGACCACAUCAUGGUUGGAUCCCCGGUGUCGAGAUAAAGCCUCCAGGAGUCUGGAAGAGUGUGGCGAUGAUGAUGAUGAAGAGGGGAUACAUACAGAGGACCUGGAGGGUGAUCUAGAGCUGCCGCCAGGAUGGGAGAGGAUUGAUGACCCAGUGUACGGAAUUUAUUAUGUCGAUCAUAUCAACAGAAAGACCCAGUACGAGAAUCCAGUGGUUGAGGGGCGACGACGAAAAAUCCUGCAGGAGCAGCAGCAGCAGCCGCAACCUCCAGAAGGUGAGCGGUACAUUCAAGAGUGGAUAGAGGAGCACUCCUCAGCUGCAGCGCCACUGGUAAAUUAUGUUCCAAACCACCUUGAGACCUACAGGGACCCUCAAGUCCCACCCACUCUACCUGCGGUCCCAACAGGAGCAAAACGAGGGAAGCCGUUCUUCACUAGAAAUCCUGCUGAGCUGAAAGGAACAUUCAUCAACACCAAGUUGAAGAAGAGCCGUCGUGGCUUUGGCUUCACUGUGGUCGGAGGAGAUGAGCCAGAUGAGUUUCUCCAGAUCAAGAGUCUGGUGUUAGACGGACCCGCGGCUGUGGAUGGCAAGAUGGAGACAGGUGAUGUCAUCGUCAGUGUGAAUGACACCAUCGUGCUGGGUUACACCCACGCUCAGGUGGUGAAGAUCUUCCAAUCCAUCCCCAUUGGCUCAAUGGUGGACUUAGCGUUAUGCCGUGGCUACCCACUGCCCUUUGACCCCGAUGACCCCAACACCAGUCUGGUCACCUCGGUGGCCAUCUUGGACAAGGAGCCUAUUAUUGUCAAUGGACAGGAAACCUUUGACUCACCUUCCAACCCAAGCGGACCGCUCAACGGCCAGAGAGAGCCGCGGGCGCAGAGCCCGUCCACUGAAGCUUUGUCCAACAGCCUGCACGGCUACACCAGCGACGUGGUCACCCUGGCCUCGUCUAUAGCCACCCAGCCCGAGCUCAUCACUAUCCAUAUGGAGAAGGGAGACAAAGGGUUUGGGUUCACAAUCGCAGACAGCCUAACAGGAGGCGGGCAACGGGUCAAGCAGAUCGUGGACUACCCACGCUGUCGUGGCCUCAAGGAGGGGGACAUUCUGAUGGAGGUGAACAAAAGAAAUGUCCAGAACAUGAGCCACAACCAGGUAGUGGACCUGCUGAGCAAAUGCCCCCGAGGAAGUGAAGUCACAAUGCUGGUGCAAAGAGGAGUGGUGCCAGCCAAGAGGAGCCCAAAGCUGGUGCACCAGUUAGAGAGGAAGGACAGCCAGAGCAGCUCCCAGCACAGCGUGUGCAGCCAUCGCAGUGCCCACACAGACUCUCCUAGCCACCCGUCCUCUGCUAUGCCCAGUGAGGCUGUGGUGCCCACCCCUGCUCCCACCCAGCCGCUGCCAGGCUUGCCCCCUCAAGACACUGGAGAUGGCACCCUAACCCUCCAAAAGAAGCCAGAUCCUUUUAAAAUCUGGGCGCAGUCAAGGAGUAUGUACGAGAGCAGACUGCCAGAUUGCCAGGAGCAGGACAUUUUCCUUUGGCGGAAGGAUACAGGCUUUGGUUUCCGUAUCCUUGGGGGAAAUGAGCCCGGGGAGCCCAUCUACAUAGGUCACAUAGUGAAGUAUGGCGCAGCAGACGAGGACGGACGUCUGCGGUCGGGUGACGAGCUAAUCUGUGUGGACGGCACAGCGGUAGUGGGCAAGUCACACCAGUUAGUGGUGCAGCUGAUGCAACAGGCCGCCAAGCAGGGCCAUGUUAACCUCACGGUCAGACGCAAGAUGCCUGGAUACCCAGUGUCGAAAGGGGACGGGGACGUUCCGCCGUCGCCAGCCUCAUCCCACCACAGCAGCACUCAGGCACCCAGCCUGACGGAAGGCAAGCGGACCCCACAAGGGAGCCAGAACUCUCUCAACACAGUCAGCUCGGGAAGCGGGUCUACCAGCGGCAUCGGCAGUGGGGGCGGAGGCGGCAGCGGGAGUGCCGUGGUUCCCGCCUCUCUGCAGCCGUAUGACGUAGAGAUCCAACGUGGAGAAAAUGAGGGCUUUGGUUUUGUCAUUGUGUCCUCCGUCUCUAGGCCUGAUGCCGGCACCACCUUUGCUGGAAAUGCCUGUGUGGCCAUGCCCCACAAAAUAGGGCGCAUCAUCGAGGGCAGCCCGGCAGAUCGCUGCAGCAAGCUGAAAGUCGGCGAUCGAAUAUUGGCAGUCAACAGCUGCUCCAUCACCAACAAAUCACACUCGGACAUCGUCAACCUGAUCAAGGAAGCUGGAAACACGGUCUCGCUCAGGAUCAUCCCCGGUGAUGAGUCUUCCAAUGCUUCUCUGUUGACCAAUGCUGAGAAGAUCGCAACUAUCACCACCACGCACACUCCUCAACAGUCCAAAGAGUCUCGGAAUAAUUCCAAGUCGAAAGGCGUUCCUCCUCCUCCACCAUCACAAACAUCACAGGACAAUGAGUUCUACUCAGUGGACCUUGAACGUGACAGCAAAGGUUUUGGUUUUAGCCUGAGGGGAGGGCGGGAGUACAACAUGGACCUUUACGUGUUGAGACUGGCAGAAGACGGAGCUGCAGUCAGGAAUGGCAAGAUGAGGGUGGGAGACGAGAUCUUGGAGAUUAAUGGCGAGAGCACAAAGAACAUGAAGCAUUCACGUGCCAUUGAACUGAUCAAAAACGGAGGGCGGUGGGCACGGCUUGUCUUGAAACGUGGGGAUGGAUCUGUACCCGAGUAUGACGGCAGCAAUGACAGGUACACUCCCACACUCGGGGCACAAAACACUUCGGAAGUGAGAACGCUGCCACCCAACAGCCGAUAUCACACCUUGUUGCAGUCCAGAUAUCCACCAGACCUUCACACACCAUCACGCCAGGAGGAAGCUGGGCGCGGCCGAGACAGGAACAGGGACCGGAUUGGGUCAGAUCAGAUGGACUACCAAGACCGAAAUUUUAACCCUCACCUUCACCACACCUGGAAUAAAAAUCACAGUCAUAGUAACCCCAGACAACCGUCUCCAAACAACAGCAACGGUAGCAGUGGCAACAAGAAAAUCCGAGGGCGAAAAGUCAAAAAGUCUGAGUCUGAAAGUGGCAUCGCCAAGCUCCUAAAGACUCUGAGGAAGGACAACUCGGGGAAGAAGGCUGCAGCAGCAGCCCAGAAACUCAGGGGCCAAGGACUCUCAAACAGCAGCUCGACUCUGGACGGGAGGUUUCACAUCCAGCGCCGCGGCUCCCUCGAUCGCUCGCCAACACGAAAGCGCGCCUCCUCCCCCGACCGUAGAAGGGCCAAGUCGAUGGAUCGCAGGGUGGAGCGAAUGCAAAGGGAUCGUACGCCCGAGAAGGAGUAUGACGACGGAGGAUUCGUUACCAUCGCCCCUGAGCGCAAGUUCCAUGAACGAAGGAUCCUCAAACACUCUCAGAUGAGCGGGCGAGUCAGGGAGGCCACCGCCCCUGAGCACUCCAGCAACAACAGCGGAGAGUCCUCGUCUCUUUCCAGGAGCGGCACAUACGAUGGAGCCAGCAAGAAUGGCAACUUGUUACGAGCCUCUUCCUCAGAGCAAUACCGGAUGAACGGAACACCAGAGAGACGGUACCGAGCGAAGCGGGACUCUUCCCCUGAGAGCAACUACAGCCGGGACGAGCAGAACUAUGCAGCAGCACCCAAACUAAAAGAAUACUAUAGCAUGAUGAAGAACAGUGAUGCAUACAAGAACACGGGCCACCACAAUAACACCGUUUGCCAAAGCCCAAACCAGCUCCCUGAGCCCAAGAGAAAGGUGUAUAAAGAAAGCCCCAAAGACCUCAGCAUCUAGAGCGGAGUAGACGCUCCCCUAAUCGGUAUGGUUACUGUGCACUGGAAUUGGACUCAUGAAGAUCUGAAUGUUUUGGGGUUUUUUUUGAUUGACUUAACUUCUUGCUGUCCCAUCCAGAGAUUCCUAAAACAGCAGGAGUACAAUCCCAGCAGCUCACACUGGUUGUUUUGUCAUUGUCACGUUGCUCAUAACCGAUUGUUGUACUGUAGUAGAAGUAUUUUGAGCCUGCGUAUGAAAUCGAUGAUUUUGCUUUUUAUCUGCAUUGCGCAAUCUAAAUGUUUUGUUUCUUUCCACACACAGUACGAGACAUGCAUCCAAGUUGUGCAUUUUUCCCAACCUCUUGAUUUAUUGAACAAAUGAUAGCACAAUUCACCAAUGGCUUACAAGAACUGUGAAAAUCAAAGUGGGCAACGUUCAAAAUCGUACAACUGGAGGUAAAGUAGAAUGCUGAUUUUAUAGAUCAUUUAUUUCUUUCAUGUGUCUGAUGGACGUUUUUUUUUUUCAUUUAAUUUGGCACAUAUAUUGAGUGAGUUUGGUUCAUUCCUAAAGAAGUACUGUAGUGUAUGUUGGAGAAGCAUGCUUAUUGAAUUGUUACUUAAAAAUUAAAAAAAAAAAAAACACGUGCCCUUCUAAAAAAAAACCUUAGUUCCCAUUUGAAGUAAUCAAACUAGUGAUAUGGGGGAGGUGGGGGCGUGAUGCCCAUAUAGCAGAAAUGAUGAACGCUAAAGUUUGAAGCUUCCACAGAUUGUCUCAUUCACGAGCAAAAAUGAAUGAAAGAGGAACAAAGUGUAUUAUCCAUGUGCAAGAUGCAUGCAAGAAUUAAAGUUGAACUUUGCCAGUUUUUCUAAUAAGAUCGUAUUGUUCGUAUUAACCAAUACAAAUUAGGCCCUGUGACUGCACAGUACAUGUUAGUGCUGCCCUUAGCCACCACCACCUCCGACCUCGCUCCUCAAACAAGUUGACGUCCUUCAUUAGUGACGUUCAGCAAGUCUACAACGUAUUCUUUUGUAAAGUAAACACAACCUGUUUAUAAUUCCAGACUCAAGUGUUCUGGCAACAUGAGUCGGUAGUUGCGAAACACCCACAAAUACUCCAUAUAAUUUGCCAAUACUUCAAAGUGACCGCAGCGUCUUAAUUAAAUAAAAAUCCUGACUAUAAUCACAACCCCCUUUUAAAUGAGAAUACAUAAGUUGCUUUCUACUAAUUCCAGUGCAUUUACACUCUGUGUGUGGGAGUCUACACAUUUCUUGUGAUACGACUUCUAGUACAGGAGACCACAAAUCUGCCCCGCUGAGCCACGUUUGUCGCGCCACUGGAAUCUAACUGCUGACUUUUAACAUGUUUUGUAUGUGAUUGUUUGUUUCACAACAAAUACGAAGGCUACUAAUCGGCGUGUUUGUGUCUCGUGUGGGUUUAUCUGAGACGAGGAUGAGAUUGAGUUCAAACUCGCUGUCUCAAAAGGCAAGUCGGCAAAAACUGAAUCCAAAUUGAAUCUGGAGAAUGGAGAGAUUUUGGUUUGUCCAACCCUCUAGCGAGGCAACUUGGAGAAAAACCCCAAGAAGACUGAAAACGCGUGGCCACCAUUUAGACAUAUCGACUCUUGGCCAUGUGUGACCUUCUGGGGUGGGGGAGGGGGGGGGGCUCGUUGUCAGCUGCUGUCAUUUCUGCCGAUCUCACAAUGCGUUCCAACAGCAACCUUGCGGAAGAUUAGAAUGCAGCGUGGGCGGUUGAUUCCGAACUCUGGACAAGACAAGGCAGCCUCCCAUGUUGUCAUCUUGAGUUGACCUUGGUUACAUGUUAGCAAAGCUCGAUUAUACGCGAUUAUAUUUUUCAGCUAAAAUGGAAAUGGAAAAAAACAAAUACGUUUUUGAUGUUCACCUCUUGGCCGUCUCCUGUAAAGAUUUUUCCUAUAUGAUUAUUAGGAACCUGUGGAUGAAUGAAAAUGUUGCCUUUUUCAUGUACAAAAGAGAAAUUUAUCAUCAACCUCAGCAGUGAGGAAUGUGGUGUUGUGUUUUUAUCUCUGAAUGGACCUGGUGAUUUAUGGGAACUAUGUUGAUUUACUCUGGAUCAGGUACAGUAUGUAAAGACCUUUUGGAAUGAAAGACGUCGUUUGAUCAGAAGAUGUUUGUUCGUUUGAAUCUCUCGAUGGUUAGCCUGCCUUUGUAUUAUAAAGCACUUGUAUGCAGUCUGUGUUCUUCAAGCAUUAUUUCUUGCAAUGUGCUCCAGACUGUGUAUUUGUUGAGAAGAGCAGUACAUGUAUAUGGGCCAUUUUUUUUUCUUUUAUAAAACUAUGCAUAUAUAAAUAUUACAUUGUUCAUAGCUUUAUUUGAUCCAUAAAGCUAUAUAUAACAUUAGUCUAAGUACAAGUACAUGUGGACUUAUCCAGCUUCUUUCCUUGAGAUGGAUUACACUGUAUAUGUAGCUAUUAAAAGAAGUCUGUGAAUGCUAUUUUUAUUAUCA